CUUUCCUGGGACACCACAUUUCCUUACAGUAUGGUGGUAUUAUUUAUUCACAGCAGAAUUAAUAUGGAGUGGCGAUAUUAUUUAGUUUCUAAGCCCAAAACUAAGAUGAAAUCUAGCAUGUGCCACAGUGAGGGGAGGGGCCCAGGUUACAAGCUGUGUAAGGGGCCCCAAAAUUUCUGAUGGCAGCCCUGCAUUUUAUAUGGCUUUCCUUACUGUAUUCCCAGCAGUCCUGGGAUACAGAGCUCCACAUCCCCUGCAUGGACAUCGAUUUCCAGUAAACAAGCUGCCUGUAUAUUUCUACCGAGCCUUACAGACAUGAUAUUAUUAUUAUUAUUAUUAUUAUAGCGCUCUUGUUUCCAGUGCGCAGUACGUAUGGAUUCAUUACGUCGGGAGGAAUGCGGCUGUACACGACGCUUUUCUUCUCCAUAAAUCUGCCGGACUAUCGGUGAAAAGAUGUGUCCCCUUAUUUUGCAGCGUUUUUUCUUCUAGAUAGAGAAGGUACAGCUGGGCUUCAUGAAGAAUGCAGACAAUAAAGUGUGUAGUCGUUGGUGAUGGAGCAGUUGGAAAAACAUGCCUUCUUAUCAGUUACACCACCAAUGCCUUUCCAGAAGAGUACAUCCCCACAGUAUUUGACAAUUACAGUGCUCAGAUGACAGUGGAUGGGAGAACAGUUAGCCUUAACCUGUGGGACACUGCUGGUCAAGAGGAAUAUGACCGCCUCCGCACCCUGUCAUAUCCUCAGACCAAUGUGUUCAUUAUAUGUUUCUCCAUUGGCAGUCCGUCAUCAUAUGCCAAUGUGAGGCACAAGUGGCACCCAGAGGUUUCCCAUCACUGUCCUAACGUGCCGGUCUUACUUGUGGGGACCAAAAGAGAUCUUCGGAAUGAUGCAGAGACUAUUAAAAAGUUAAAGGAGCAGAGCCUUGCACCCACCACAACCCAGCAGGGCUCGUCUCUCGCCAAACAGAUCGGCGCAGUGAAGUAUCUGGAAUGCUCGGCCUUGCACCAGGAGGGAGUUAGGGAGGUGUUUGCAGAUGCCGUUCGUGCUGUUUUAAAUCCUGUGGUAAAGAAAAAUUCCAAGAAGUGUGUCCUACUAUAGGGGUGAAUGCUGACCACUGAGAUGCUGUGUCAACAAUAAAUCUGGGUUUUUAGCUCAACACCUUGGGCUUCCUUUUAUCCUCAGCUUGCACUAACAGCUCAUCCUGUGAGUUGUGUGGAGGUAGAUUGCGCUUUAUUGCUUUCCUAAGAAUGAAUGAAUAUGCCACAGGUGAGGCAGUGGUUUGUGCAGAGCAACGCAAUAAAUCACAAUGUACUUGGAAUAAGAAAUAUCUCCAAGCGCUUACGCAUGCCAGCCUUGCACUUUGGACUGUCAUGUUUUGAUUUUUGUUCUCUCCCCUCUUACAAUUUAUAUUGCCAACACAGAUGAAGUCCUGCUUUUUUUUCAAAUUUUUUUUUAACAAGAUACCUAUUUUAUACUACUCUCUUUGCCAAUAUCGAAGCUUCACAGUGCAAUUUUUUUUUUAUUCUUUUAUGGACACGUACCUAAAAGGCCUUUUCACUUUCAUAUGAAUGACGGAAAGCCAUUUGGACUCCCAGACUGUUUAUUCUUUACUAUGUGCUGGAUCAGUACUUUACAUCUCACUGAAUUCUUCUAAACAUUGUAAACUUCCUUUUUCCAGAAGGAAGGCUUUUUAAUCUGAGUUCCAAAUCUUUCUGUAGCAUAGGAUAGACACUCUUCCUUACAGCACAACUCAGGGCUUCAUAAUGGUUAUGAAACAGAUGUCCCUAUUGAAACUGGUUAAAGGGAACCUAUCGUAAAAAAGAAAUGUGGAUCAUGUAUACAAUGAGUCUAGUUCCUCGUUCAUACAGGUUGGUUAACCAGAUGCUAUAGGUUAUGUUGUACUUCAGCUGCUGUUAAUGUGUUGUAGCAGGUGCUGAAAUAAUUCAGACAAUAUAUUCUGUGCACUUACCUGUGUAUCUCUAGGCUAGUGAGUAUUUUAUAAUUGCUAUGUCUCCAGUUCCCAGUCUCAUCAUAAUCAGUCUUAUUGAUUUACCUUCAGCCAUGACUAGGACACAUGAAAACUAGUGUCUAUGAAUUCAGCUUAUCCUUACGGUUGGAUCCUCAACGGGGCUCCCGAGAUCUGCUCUUGGGAUCAAAGUUGAAAUAUGUGUACAAUACACUCAUGAUGCUCAGUACAAACAACCUUAUUUCUUAAUAGUACCCUUACUCCUUAUCUUGUAAAAUGUAAGGGGCUUCUAGGCAAGAUCUAUUUUUAUAUUUGAGCCCCCCCCCCCCCCCCCAGGUCUUUUGCAGUGUCUCAUAUACAUUUGUUCCCACAAGACUAUUGGAAACUUCCAGGUCUGAGUGGAGGAAUUGCCCCUUAAGGGCAAAUCUUUUACUUUAGGGGAAUGUAUUCAUUAUAAGUUAUUAUAAUAUCAUGUGGCAAUGAACAAUAAGUAACCUGUAUUGUCUCCCUUAUUUUUGCAAUCAUUCAUGAGAUGCACAUUUCCAGAAAAGAUCUAGCCUAAAAGCUAUGCCUUUAGGUUUAAAGUGAUAUUGCCACUUAAAAAAAAAUGUUUUUGACCUUCCAACCAGACAUGUCAAAGGAAUGAUCAGUCAGAGACAGUGCUAAAACCCCACUGAUUUCUGGAUAUAGCUACAAGUGUGCAGCAGUGCCAUUCGAUCUCAGUCCUUGCACAAGAAGGUUUCUAUUAGGGAUCGACCGAUUAUCGGUUUGGCCAAUAUUAUCGGCCGAUAAUCACGAUUUUGGGCAUUAUCGGUAUCAGCAAUUACCUUGCUGAUAAUGCCCCGCACCACGACCGACCCGCCGCACCGCGUCUUACUCCCCACCGCACCGCCCCAGCCCCAUUGCCUCCCCCAUCCCCGGUUUUAUAAUUACAUGUUCCCGGGGUCAACGCUACUUCUGGCUCCUGCUGCGUCCUGCGUUACGCUGUGCGCAAUGACG